AAAGGCCUGGUUUCUCAGCCACCGACGUUUGUUUGCUGACUGGCGAGCUACUGCAACUGCAAGCUCCCUUCAAGAGCUCCAACUUUCCCCUCUUCCCCCAUCCCCUUUCCCACUCGCCCAUCCGCCCGCCUACCUUCCGCCAGCCUGCAACCAUGGCCGGAAGACCAGCCCUCUUCACCCGCGGCCUGUCGUCGCUGUCCCAGAGCUCCGACCCCAAUUCCAUCAGCGCGGCGUCGCCAGCAGAGCAACGCGACGAUGCUAAGCGCAACUUCCUCAAGGCCAUGCGCCCGCUGCCAACCCAGCACUACUGGAAUGUCUACUUCGACCGACAAGCCAAAGACCAGAAGCAGACGGGCGACGACGGCGCCUACCAGGCGCAGCUGGAGCAGCUGGGGACGCAGAUCGAGAGCGUGCAGGAUUUCUGGCGCUACAACAACAACACCCCGGUCGACCAGAUAAAGAUGCGCGAGUCCAUUUACCUCUUCAAGGCCGGCUUCAAGCCCAUCUGGGAGGACCGGCGCAACAUCAACGGUGGCAGCUGGACCUUCCGUGUUCCCAAGAGCAUCGGGCCCGACGUCUGGACCCGGGUGCAGCUGUUGGCAAUUGGGGAGAAGCUGCAGAGCGUCCUGGACGAAGGCGACCAGAUCUGCGGCGUCGGACUGUCGGUCCGCUUCAACUCGCACCUCAUCUCCAUCUGGCACCGCGAGUCGUCCAAGAAGAAGUCGAUCGACGCCAUUCUCGAGUGCGUCCUCGAAGAGCUACCCCCCGAGCUGGCCCCGAAGGCAGACAACUACUUCUACAAGAAACACGCCGAUCACGCAGGAUUCAAGGCGCCGCCAGAGCUACAGGCCGUGCUGGAUUCGCAGAAGGCGAGGGACGCCGCCGCCGCUACUGCCGGAGGCCAGGCACCUCAAGGUCCCGCCCCCGAGAUUGUAGAGAUUCCGGCGACGGGAGAGUUGUGAAGCGCUUGUAAGGGGUAUUUCGUUCCGAAAGGAUUUAGGAUCAGUGGUCGAAAUAGACCGAGGAAACACAUGUUUUCAGAGAUCAGAGAACACUUGAGCCUCGGGAUUUAGCAUCGGCAUUCAUGGCGUUGAAAUUUUAAGCAUCUGGUAGGAAGCUACCAGUCCCACAGAGGCAUCACGAUGUCUAGGUCGAAGGGGAUUACAACAUCCUCCAAAUGAAUCACUUUCCAUAGAUAUUAUCUCGUCCAGAGACA